CCUGGGUUUAAUCUCACCCGCGCAGCCACUACGCUCACAAUCUCCUUCCGGCCUGUAGAAGCACAACACACCAAUGGGCUCCUUGUCUUUCUGCAACGGGGCGGGACCUCACGUCACCUCUGAGGCCUGCCCCUUACGUGACGUGCGUACGCAGACCCCUUUCCUCAGCGCGUGGCGCCCUCUGGCGGCGGCGCUCCCUCAAUGCGGCGGCCUGACUCUUAACACCACCCAUGGAGCCGCAGGAAGAGGCGCGAACGCUCGGGGAGUCUGCGCCUCGGCUUUCUGGCGCCUGGGGAUUCCCGACGCCGGGUGAAGAGGAGCGGUCCGAGGGCGGCGCGCGGCUGGCGGCGCCUCCCGCGGGCGCAUUGGGGGACAGCACGAGUGCAGACGGGCUGUGGGGGCUGCCCGUGGAGCACGCGGAGCGCAGGCCCGAGUGCAGCCGCUGCAGCCGUCCCCAGAAAGUGUGCUUAUGUCCAUAUCUGCCAGUGCGUCCACUCCAGAUCUCCACCCACUUGUACAUAAUCCAGCAUCCAGCAGAGGAAAGCAAAGUGUUGCGCACAGUCCCUCUGCUAGCAGCAUGCCUUCCCCCGGACAAAUGCACAGUCAAGAUUGGCCGCCGCUUCAGUGAAGAGCGAGAUAUUGAACUUUCAACUGUUUGCCGGGACUCUGGUACAUUAAUAUUAUAUCCAGGGGCUGAAGCUACUAAUUUGGAAGAAUUUAUAUUAGAUGCUCCUGUUUAUCCUUCCACAAUCAUCCUCAUUGAUGGUACAUGGAGCCAGGCUAAGGACAUUUUCUAUAAGAAUUCCUUGUUCCGACUUCCCAAACAGGUGCAGUUAAAAACGAGCAUUUGUAGUCAGUAUGUAAUUCGGAUGCAACCAACCAACAGGUGCCUUUCUACCCUGGAAUGUGCUGCUGCUGCUCUUUCCGUCUUGGAGAAAAACAGUUGCAUACAGGAGACUCUGCUUCGCCCUCUUCAAGCUCUGUGCUCUUUCCAGCUUCAGCAUGGUGCUCAGAUUCGCCUCAGCAAGGAGUAUCUUCUGAAGAAUGGAUUAUAUCCCAAGCCUAUGCCAAAGAACAAACGCAAACUCAGGAAGAUGGAGCUGUUAAUCAACAGUGUCAAAAUUUAGCACACUUGUCCCUGCGUGCUGGUUUUCCUGUCAUUGGCUGACAAGGCUGUGCUCCAUCUUCCCAGUUCUGACUUUUACUCUGAAGAAGGAGGAACGCUGGCCCACCCUUGUGCUGAAGGACGAGGUCUGCUCCACAGCAUCUAAUGGUUCACCCCACUGACUGAGAAGCGGUUUCACGCUGUCUCUGUUUUUGUUUUAUUUUUCUUAUUGUUUUUUCAAGACAAGGUUUCUCUGUGUAGCCUGUAGACCAGGCUUGCCUCAAACUCAGAGAUCUGGCUGCUUCUGCCUCCCAAGUUCUGGGAUAAACGGCAUGUGCCACCUUUGUCGAGAUACUGGAUCUGCUUUUAAACAUGUGCUUCCAAUACAGUUUUUUAAAAGGUCUAUUCAAAAAAGGGUUACUUGUUAGUCUAGACUAAGGACCUGUUGUUCGUAAAAUGAAGAAAAUUUUGUCUGGGAACAUGUUCCCGUCAGUGCUUAUACAUAGGUGGGUGUAGAUUAGUGAUGGAGUAUAGCCCAUGAAACUAAUGCGUCAGCCUAGUGAAUGAAAUUCAGAGUGUGAAGUAAGUGACACAGAGGGCUGUGUAUGUUAUUAAGGAGUAGAAAGGAACAGGGAAACUUUACUCUUUAGGGUUCUAUGUGGACU